AUAUUUCAUAUUUACCUCAUUUUGGGCGUAUAAGAUCUACUACGUGUACGGCUUCAUGCUACUGGUCGUGCUACUGCUGGUCGUUGUGACGAUGUGCAUCACAAUAGCGUUGGACCAGUUUUCUUACCGGAACUGCAACCGCAGUUUACGUCUACAUUUAUUCCUUCUAUUAUUUUUUCUUCAAGACAAAGUUAGUAUGCCAGUAUUGGUGUUAUUUACUGAUUACCUCUUCAGAAUGUUCGGACUGUUUCAAACGGCAUUCUAUUUUGGUUAUAUGGCGGUAUUCAGUUUGACUCUCGGAAUUAUGUGUGGAACUUUCGGUUACAUCGCUGCAAACAGAUUCGUUCAGAAGAUAUAUUCGGCCGUAAAGAUCGACUAACG